AUGGCUACUUUCCCGGUUACCACCUCUCCCCAUCCUCACCAGAGCACUCCACCACCCACAGCCGGCCACCUCCGCCUGCCAACAGCCACCUCUGCCGAUGCCGCCCUCGCCACCCUCUCCGCCUUCCUCUCCUCCGGCCGCCUCACGACCUCCUCCCCCUCCGUCCUCCCCCGCACCCUCCGCGCCGCCGCCGACCUCCGCCUCCCGCGGCUCGGCCUGCAGCUCCACGCCUUCCUCAUCAAGACCCGCCUCCUUGCCGACCCCUUCUCGGCCUCCGCACUCCUUCACCUCUACUCCACCCUCGCCCCGCUGCACCGCACCCGCCUCCUCUUCGACAGGAUCCCCAAGUCCACCUACCCCGUCCCCUGGAACACCAUGAUCCUACGGUACGCGCAAGAUGGAUUCUUGGAUGAGGCGUUCGAGCUGAUGGUGGCAAUGGAGGAAUCCGGCGUCCCCAUUGGUGCGUCCACCUGGAACGCCGUCAUCGCUGGGUGCGUCCGUGCCGGGAACGGAGAGCUCGCCAUCGAGCUGCUAGGCAAAAUGGUUUCGGUUGGGGGAGUUGUGCCUAAUGUGGCCACGUUUAACACCGUGCUCCAUGUGAUUUCGGUGUUGCGUGGGGUGGACGUGCUCCGAGAGAUGCACGCAUUUGUGCUGCGCCACGCUGAGGUUGUGGGGCUUGGGCCUGUGGAUUUGGAUCGACUCCAGGAAUCCCUGGCCGCAGGAUACAUGUGCAGCUCCUGUGUUCAGUACGCAGGCCGUGUGUUUCGUGAUGUCAGGAUAACUACCUGCUUCCUGGGCAACCUGAUGAUAUCGGGAUUUCUUGAUACGGGGCAGAGGAAUCAAGCCUUCGGUGUUUUCCGAGAAAUGGCAUUUGGCUGUGGUUAUGAAGCUCGGCAUCUGCCAUCUGUUUCGCUUACGCUGGUCCUCCCUGAGGUCAAUCUGGCAACAAAGAGAGGCUUAGAGAUCCAUGCUUAUGGGUAUCGCCAUGGUUUUGAGUGUGACACCUCGGUCUGCAAUGCCUUGAUGGCAAUGUAUGCGAAAAGGGACAAGAUAUGCCUGGCAGACAAGAUUUUCCAAGGAUUGGAUAAUAAGGAUGUCGUGUCAUGGAAUACUAUGAUUUCAAGUUAUGCUACAGUCCAUGAUUUUGAUCUUUCAUUUGAGCUGUUCCGUGAAAUGCAACGUAAUGAUACCAGGCCUGAUGACUAUACAUUUACAUCGGUGCUUAAUGCCUGCAGCUUUGCCUGCAAUCAUAGGACAGUAAUGGCAUUGCACGGGCAAAUGAUAAGAAUGGGGCUUUGUCAUUCCUAUGUUGAUGAUAUGAAUUCUCUCAUGGAUGCUUAUGGAAAGUGUGGUUUCAUUGAUGAAGCUCAAAAUAUAUUUGAUGAGACUGAUCGGAAAGAUACAAUUUCGUGGAAUAUCAUCAUCUCGUGCUAUGGCUACAGCGGUUUUCCUCAACGAGCAAUCAGGCUUUUCCAUCAGAUGCAAGAUCAAGGCUACAAACCUACUAGAGUCACUUUUAUUGCUGUGCUGGCGGCGUGCAGCCAUGCGGGCUUAGUGGACGAAGCACUGCAUUAUUUUGAGGGAAUGCACAGAGACUACAAUAUUACUGCUGAUGAGGCUCACUAUGCCUGCAUCAUUGACUGUUUUGGCAGAGCAGGUCAGCUCAAACAGGCUUAUGAAUUCAUCAGAGGAAUGCCAGUAGUUCCAAAUGCUUGUGUGUGGGGUGCCUUACUUAGCAGUUGCAGGAUGCACGGAAAUAUAGGCCUAGCAGAAAUUGCGACGAAGAAGCUCAUUGAGCUGGAUCCUCAGCAUUCUGGAUACUGGAUGUUGCUAAAAGACAUCUACGCGAAAGCCAUGAGAUGGAAUGAUGUUUCACAACUUCGAACUGCUAUGAGAGAUAAGGGCAUUAAGAAGUGCCCAGGUUAUAGCUGGAUUGAGGUUCGAGAUAGUGAGGUCCACAGAUUCCUUACUGCUGACAAGCUUCACACACAAGGCCAUCAGAUAUACGAAGUACUAGGUGGGUUAACCGAGCAGUUGAUGGAUGAAGGAUAUGAACCUAAAAUAGAUGUCGAUUUGACAUAUACUGAAUGA